AUGAAUAAAUUAGUACAAGUAUGGAAAAUAAUGAUUUAUAGAAAUUCACGAUUGACAAAGCAUGAUAUUAUUUUUAUUAUGAUUGAUACAGACGGACAAAAAAAACCUUUUCUAUCCUCAAUAUCAGGAAUAGUUAACAAAUUAUAUAUUAAUCAAUUAGAUUAUUUAUCUUAUGGUUCGAUUAUUCUUGAAUAUUCUGAAUGUAAGCACAAAAUAACUUUCAAGAAUCUAUGUUGUGAUUGUGGCAUUGAUUUAAAUCAAUUCGAUAAUACAUUACCAACAUCAGAUUCAACGAAAAUCGAUAUAUCAAUGGAACCUUUAUCUAUCGAAGCAACCAUCAGUCGGGAAGAACCACUAAGAUAUGAUUAUGAAGAACAUAAUCAUCUUAUUAAUAAACGUAAACUUAAUUUAUUAAUUAAUGUUGAUAAUACACUUGUUGAUACAAUAACUUCAAAAUUUCAUUAUCCAUUUUCAUCCGAUGUAAUUGAUUAUCAAAUAACUCCAAUAUCUCCAACAUAUUAUACAAAUCUACGUCCAGGUGUUAAACAAUUUCUAAUCAAUCUUCGAUUAUUAUAUAAAUUUAAUUUAGUCACUUUUGGUGAUCAAUUAUAUGCAAAUAAAAUAGCCAAAAUAAUUGAUCCCAAUGGAAGAUUUUUCUCUGAUAGAAUAUUAUCAUAUGAUCAAUCUAUAUUAUCGACAAACAAUAAACUCAAUUUAAAUAAUUUUUUUCCUUAUGAUGAUUCAUUAGUUUGUAUUAUAGAUCAACGAGAAGAUCUAUGGAAUUAUAUAAAAAAUCUAAUUUGUGUUAAACCAUACAUAGGGUUCAAAAGAGAUAAUUCAUCGAAUGAUAGUUAUCAAUUCACUCAAAAAUUAAAAGAAGAUAAUAAUGAUCAAACUACGAUCACCAAUCAUCUUACAGAUCAAGAUUAUUAUUUACAGAAAUUAGAAAUUAUUUUGAAACGUAUUCAUACAGAAUUUUAUAAUGAAUAUGAUAAAUGGAUUAAAGAAAAACAUGGAAACAUACCGGAUUUGAAGGAAAUUAUUCCUAAUACUCGUCAACAAGUACUCAAUUCUGUCUCGUUGUGUUUUUCUCAUUUAAUGCCACCAAAUUUUCCUAUAGAAAAACAUCGUGCAUCGAUUAUGGCACAAUCAUUAGGAGCAAAAGUUACUAAUGAUCUUCAAUUCAAUUCUAAUGGUACGAUUCAAACGACACAUAUCGUUGCUGGAAAACCAACACUUAAAGUUUAUUAUGCAAAAAAAUACAAUGUUAAAGUUAUUACACCGGAAUGGUUAAUUGAUUGUUAUCAACAAUGGGAACAUAAACUAGAAGAUAAUUAUAUUCUAAACAAAGAUUAUCAAGUUCAAAAAUCAAAAUUAUUCAUGAAAGAAGAAUAUACAAUAUUUAGAAGACAUUAUUAUCAUCAUCUACAACAACAACAAUCACAGACAUAUCAAAUAAAUAAUACUAACUUUUAUAAUAAAAUUGCAUCGGAAGGAUUAUUCGAUCAAUAUAACUUCACUGUGACUACCAACGAACGAUUUAAUAUUGAAAAAGGUGUGAAUGAUCUUUCCAUAGAAGAUCAAAAUGAUGAUAAUACUAUAUAUACACCUCCAACCAAACAACAACGUACAAUGAAUAUCACACAGAUUAUUGACAAAAACAAAAAUAAAAUUACUAACGAACAUUUCCAUUCAGAUCCAUCAACUAUUUAUAUAUUCAAUAGUCUCAAUUUAGACGAUAAAGAUAAACCAAAUAUCGAUGAAGAAAAUUUUCAUCAUACUGAUCAAUAUCAUCAUUAA